AUGGACAGAGAAAGGGGCUCUCUUAUCCCCUUGGACAUUGAGAGUCCGAAGAAAGACAUGCAGCUGCGGGUGAUCCCGUCGGAGGUGAAGUUUCUGGACACUCUGGUCGGGAGAGUGUACCGCCUCCCCAUUACUGUACACAAUCUGGGCCGUAGCACACAGAAGAUCCGGUUUCAGGAGCCUAUCAAACCACAGUUCAAACUGAUUUUGACCAAUCUGGAUAAAACACUUGCUUCUGGCCUUCAGAUGACGGCUAUGGUGGAAUAUCAUCCUGAUAAAGAUGAAGACACUUCUGACCAACUGCUUAUUUCAGUAGGAAAUAAGACAAUAGGAAUCCCUUUAAUUGGGUUGAUUCCAAUCUGUCAAUUGGAAAUUGAGUCAGUAGUUAAUUUUGGCACAUUGGUUUCCAAUAGUAAUGUAUAUUGUAAAGAGCUUACUAUCAUUAACCAUGGCAAAGCUCCAGGUCAAUACUUUCUAGUGAGUUUGCAAGGUCGUCCUGAUGUACUCUUGAAUAUCAAAGCUCAUGUGGUCGAGCAGAUUAUUGAAUUGUUACACAUGAAUAGUGACAAAAAGUUGGAAUGCAUACGUUUUGGUUCCAUUUUCUUUGGAACAUCAAAACUUGAACAUGCACAUCUAUACAAUAAUAGCCCAGAAUCCAUGAAUUGGGUGGCCAUAAUGCAAGAUAAUUCUGUGGGAGAAGAAUUGGGCACAAAUAUUCAACAAAGAACAGAUAUUGCUUUAAAUAAUCUCACCUACUUAAACAAAAUAAAGGACGUAGAUGUUACUGAUCUUAUCUCCUGUGUUCCUAAUGAAGGGGCUUUACUGCCUUAUCAAAAGACUAUAAUUACAUUUUGUUUCAGCCCAAAGUUACUAGUUGAUACUAAAAAGGAUAUUGAACCUUCACACAGGCAGGACUAUGCUCUCUUUAUGAGAUUUGAAUGUGUAGGAAGUAAAGAUGGAUAUUUGAGAGAUGAGAACUGUAAAACCAUCAAAAGUGAUCGAUUUCAGAAAGUGGAAUUAGCACUGACAGGCUCGGGAAUUCCUGUCUUACUACAGUUUAAUCCAGGAAAAGUCCUUAAUUUUACACCUUGUGUCAUGGGUGAAUGUUCAGAGAUUCAGUUUAUUGUACAAAAUCAAUCCAAAUCACUUCCUGUGAUGUACCACUUUAAAAAAACUGGAAAUUUUAAAAUUGAUCCUGAAAGGGGCAUGAUUAAUGAAGGAUAUAGUCAGAAUGUAAAAUGUUCAUUUAUUCCACAUCAAAUUGGAGUCUUUAAAGUGAAGCAGUUGGUAGAGAUUAUUGGCCCAGUGGUAAAUGAAAAUUUGCUGUCUUUAUCGAUGAAACCUUUUCAUCACAUAUAUUUAGAUUUCAACAGCAUCUGCAAAGCAGCCACCAAAAAAGUUGUGAUGAAAAUUAAUCCUGGUAUAUCCCCUUUGGUCAGUAAUCCCACGGGACUGUUUGUGGCCAAAGACUUGGCAAAAUACAAGGACUCUGCACCUGUAGCAAUGCUUCAAUCAGCCAAGACAUACAUCCAUAAUCAUCGCUCAAAUAAAGAGUCAGUGAAGGAUGUGCUGAUAGCCUUUCCCAAUGACCGAGCUGCAAGUAUCAGGUCUGGAGACCAUGAUAAACAUUUCAGGGAGUGCGUGUUUUCACAUAAUGAUAUAGACAUAGGCUUACAGCCAGCAUCAGGUUUAAAGUCACCCUCACUCUCAGAAGCAGAAGUGGAAGAGGAGCUUGCUUCAGCAGAGUGUCCGAUCAAACCUAAUCAAAUGCUAAGUGCCAGGAAUAUAGAAUCUAGGGAGAAAGCAUCCCUAAGAAGAAAGGUUCAUGAAACAUUUAAAUCAGAGCCAUCCACACUCCAAGAAAAAAAUGAUUGCAGCAUAAUUUUGACACCAAAACACAUUCAUCAAGUCAUUGUUGGGCCUUCUGUCCUUAACUUUGGUAAUAUUUGUGUGAACUCUACAAGUGAUCAUCUACUACAUGUGAUUAAUAUGCUACCUAUACAUAUUUUGAUCCAGUUUGAUACUAAUUUGGAAGAACUUCGAAAGACCAAGCAAUUUUCAUAUGUGAUUCCACCUACAUGCAACACUAACAUUUCAGUGACAUUUCAGUUUACCAUGCUUGGAAAAUUUUGGAAGUCUUUCACCUUCACAGUGAACAACACACCCAGUGGACACAUCCUUGUAAUGGCAGUUGUCCGACCAGUAAAACUUGAGCUAUCUUCUGACGAACUAGUAUUGAGACCACAAGGCUUCUUGGUGAAAACAUGGUUUCGGGGGACAAUCAGAUUACAUAAUCGUCAGAAUUGUUCUGCCCAAUUUGGGUGGCAACCGGUAAAUACUGGAAGAGGGAUGGCAUUUUCCAUUCGUCCAGCUAAUGGACUGGAUGAUACUGUUACAUAUUUCAGCUGUGAAGCCACUGGUAGCCUUGAGAUUAAAGAUUCAUUCACUUUAGUGAUGGCAAGUGGCAGUCAGAAACCACUUGGUCAUACAAAGGUUACAUUUUUGGAGCGAAAGAUAUUCUUCAGUAAUUGCCCUCAAGGUUUAACAACUUGGAGGAAAGCCAUUCUUCACAAUGUGGGACAAAAUCAUGCGUAUUUCCAGGUUUGUGGCCAGAGUCUUUUGCCUAUCAUUGAUAUUAUUCCAUCACAAGGAAUAAUUCCAGUUGGGGGGCUCACUGUUCUCAAUAUCUCCUGUACACCCACUGUGGCAGAAAAAUUUGAUACAAGAGCACAGGUUGCUAUUCGUUGUGGAAAUGUCAUAGACCUUAAGAUUGGUGGAUCUGUUGAGAUUGCUGAUGUCGAAAUCAACCCGGAUGUAUUUAACUUCAGUGGCACCUAUAUUGGUACUACCCAGAUUAUUCCAUUUGUAAUAAAAAACAAAGGUAUAACACGUGCCAGAGUGGAGUUUAAUCUAGAAGACUUCCCAGAGUUUUCAAUGGAUCUUAAAGACAAAUCAGCUUCUGCCAUUAAAGAUUCAUCUCCACCCAGCAAUCAGACGAGGUGGAACAAUUUGGUGACAACAUAUGACUUCAUAAUUCAAGUUAAAAUUAAUUUCUUUGAGGCUUCAAAACUCUAUACUGAAUAUUCGUCAAGUUCUUUAAAUCCAAAGACAACACCACUUAUUCGACCAUGUUGUGUUCAAGUUACUGAUCAUCCUAAAAAAUGUGCAGUUGAUAUUCCUAUGCGCUUAAAUGAUAAUCCAUUUUGCUAUCAAAUGUUACAUCUGACUGGAGAGGUAAAAUCACCCAAGUUACUGUUUGACCCUCCAUUUAUAUUUUUCACUCCUGUUCCUUUGGAUAUAACAACUGUGAUGGAUAUCAACAUUUUACCCCAAAACUAUUUCAGAAGUUCAACUCUACAUGUUCAGAUUCCCACAGCCAGGCUUCUUGACGGUAAUGAAAUUCAUCCUCUUUCUGUGAAAUUUUCAAAAGGCAGGGUCAUCACAGGCUCUCCCAGUGGAAUUAAUAAUACGCUCACCUGCCACCUCAGCUUCAAAUCAUCUAAACCUGUGUCAUUUUUCACCAAUCUUCUUUUCUGUGAUGACAGAAAUAACUGGUUUUCACUUCCAGUUACUGCAACAGCAGAAAACUGCAUUCUUACUAUUUACCCAUAUAUAGCAAUUCAUCUGGAUAGACACAGAAUUCGUUUAAAGAAUGAUCAGCAUGGAAGUCCUGUGAAGACUAGAGAAAGUGAUUUGCUUUCCCACCAGGAUGCUAGAUCACCUUCUCUUACUUCAAUUAGAAAGACAUCCACCAGUACUAAAUUUGGUGAUGCUGAACCUGAAAGGAGAAAUUUAUUUGUUGGAAUGGAAAUAAUACCUGAAAAUUUGGGCUUGGAUGACAAUGAAGCAUCAAAGAAAGAUGACAGAUUUGUGAAAAAGGAGGAGACAAAUGAACAAUCCUAUACUCUUGGAGAAGGAACAAAAGCAUAUAACUUCUUUCAGAAGGUUGUGAAUGCAGCUCAGACCUGGUUCGGUCUCUUCGGCUGGCCUGAAGGACCCCAUUCCCUUUCUAUUCCAGAGACUAUAAGAAGGGAUGUGUAUAAAAUACAAUUCUCAUCAAAAUCAUCACCCCAAAAAUUUUCCCGACAAAAUGACUUUUCUAAAUACAAUAAGACCAUUUAUGAUGUGGUGCUCCACUUGAGUGGAAUAAUGCCCCCUGGAAUUAGUUCAAGUCAAUCUUUACCUGUGGAUAACAAUGAAAGAGUGAUUCAACUUCAUUUUCAACAUUCCUCACUUCUGGAUUUUCUCAAUACUCAAGGAGCAUGUAUUUCUCAUGUACUGCCCGAAUUUCUGCUCGAACCAGAAGAUUAUAAGAAAUGGAUGGAAAUUACGUCUUCCACUAAUACUGUGCCUGUGAAUUCCUAUACACAUAAGGAAAGGUGUUCUGUUGUUAUAGAAAUGACUGAAUUUGAAGCCUGGAGUAAACGGGCAUGGACAGAUGUAUUCCUUCAGAUAUACAAGGUUCUGGUUCUAUCCCGGGUAGUACCAUAUUCCAGCAGUACUAUGCCCCCCAUACAUCUGCAAAAUACACCAAAAAUCAAUCCUUGUUUUGUAUCCAGCAACAUAUAUUCUGAUUCUGAAAGAAUUCUACUUAGUUGGUUGAACACAAAUUAUGAGAGUACUCGACAUGUUAUAUGGAAAAGUUGUCACGAAGAUAUUAUCCCCUCUGAGAGAUGGAUAGUAAAUUUCGACAAAGACCUUGUAGAUGGCCUUGUUUUUGCAACACAGUUGGCAGCCUAUUGCCCAUUUUUGAUUGAGUCUCAUUUUAUAAAUAUGUACACAAGACCAAAACGUCCUGAACAAUAUCUGCACAAUAACAUCAUUGUCAUAAAUGCUUUUCGUGAAAUUGGCUUUGACAUGAACGUACAGGCCAUUGACAUCUGUGACGCAAAUCCAAUCCUGAUGCUCAUGCUUUGUGUCUACAUGUAUGAAAGGCUCCCUACAUACCUCCCCAGAAAGGUGGUGCCCUUUCAUUGUACUCUACAUGACACCGUGCUGAGACAGAUUCAACUGAAAAAUCCAAGCUUGCAAAGCUUAGUGUAUAAUGCUAAAAUUGUUGGAAGAGAUGCUGCUGACUUCUCCCUCUCCCAAACAGGAAAUGUUGUGACAAUUUCUCCAAAAAACCAAAUUAAUAUCACUCUGAAAUUCACCAGUCGUUUUCUUCAUCCUGCGAAAGCUUCACUGCUGUUAAUUUCAAAGCCAAAGAAUGCAACAGGAGGAACUACAAUGGCUUUUGCUCUUAAGGGUAUAGUCAUCAAUUUUAAAGCCAUUCUGUUAUCUUGUCUAAAUAUUAUUUUCUACCAUGAAUAUAUGGUAAAGAAGAAGAUCAUUUUGGUGGAAUCCUCAACAUUUGUCUCUUUGCCAUCACAAUUAACAGAAUCUGGGCAAUACAUGAAACAUGAUGAUAGUGUGCGUAGCAGCGGAUGUGAUAGUCUUCAGGGCUGUUCCCAUGCCCCAGAGGCCUUAAGAACCUCAAUUAAGUCCGAUUUCAUCAAAGAGUUCUUCUGCUCCAUGCCUACUGUUUACCUGGACGUGAAAGAAACUUCAAACCUGGAGCUAUUCUUUCUUCCCUUUAACAUCCACGUGCGCUACUGUGCCAUCAUCUUUACCAACAAAAAUAUUGGAGAGUUCAUAUAUGUUUUGGAAGGAAAAGGUAUGAUUCCCUUGCCUUCCAGAUUCCUUCCAAUGCAUCCUCCUUCUAGUCCAGUUUCCUAUGGCAGUACUUCAGAAGAAGGGUUUAAUGAGGAAGAUGCAGUUCUAUAUUUGAAAUGUGAACUCCAUCAAAUCCUGGAUGUGGAACUUAAAUUGCCACUGAUGAAUGAAGCCAAGGAAAAGGCUUUCAUUUUUGCAGCGCAUCAACAGAUGUCAAAUAUUGAGUAUGAACGAAGGUUGAUCACAGGCACUCUGGAGAGCAGUAGUAUCCGUGUGGCCAUCGCACUCCUGGGGCUGAGCAAGAUUGAGUCUGGUACGCUCUUUCAUACCUCAGAGUUGAAGAAGGCUAAGUCUAUUUUAUACACAACACAAGUGAGCCUUCCAGAACAUUUUUUAAUCCCCAAGAACAUCUACAUUCCUCAGAUUCCAGAAGUUCCAGUUUCUUUCAAGCUGUUGAUAAUAGAAAAUAAAACAAACAAGGAAUGGAGAUAUCAAGUUACUAUAGAAGGAGAAUGGUUUUAUGGACCUUCGGUUUUACAUGUUGGACCAGAAAAAACUGUGGAAUAUCCUCUCACAUUCAGACCUAUUUUUGAAUGUGAGAUUAUGGGUAAACUUGUUCUACGAAAUGAAGUAGAUGGUGUGGAGCACAUGUUUCACAUAAAAGGGAUUGGAAAAAAACCCCUAGCCGUGGAACACAUCACCUUGGAAUGUGAAGUGGGGGAAACAAUAAUUAAACACAUAAUGGUGCCUAAUUAUACAAAUAGUCCCCUAAAAUUGGAGAUUGCUGGUACAAUUUCAUUUUCUGGUAAAAGCAAACAAGCUUCUCAUGUUAAGGGAGAGACAGAUCAAGAUCGAAAACUCUCCUUUCAGAAAUCACUAACAGAAGUAAUCCACAAUUUUGAUGAUGAAGAUACAGAUGAUAAUGUUAGCAAUUUCAUAAUAAUCUGGUAUUCUCUUGAGAUCCAUAGCACUCCUGGGCUACCCAUAAACAUUAUUGAAAUGGACUGUACUGCUCUGGACACCAUUUGCAUUGAAAUACCUCUCUCUAAUCCAAAAGAUAGAAUUGUUAACUUAGAUGUAAAAUUCACAAGUCCUGCACUUGAUGGAGAUGAGAAAGUUACGCUGAAUCCACUAGAAUGUACCAGUUAUGUUGUACAGUAUUCUCCAGCAACUACAGGCUAUAGAAAUGAAAGGUUUGCCACUCAGAUGGUUCCCUUAACUAAUCCUACACAUGAAACCUUAGAAUUGCAAGCAACAAACAGUAAUCCAGAAAAUUUUGUCCUGGAUAUUAAUGAAACAUCACAACUGAUUUUAACUCCUCACUCCACCACAGAGUUAUCUGUUCACUUUUAUCCUUCUAUGCUUGGAAGAGCUGGUCAUCAAGCUUGUAUCGACUUUUCCUGUACUCAGUUUCAAGAGUGGAAAUUCUACCUCUCUGGAAUAGGACUAUUCCCCAAGCCUCUAGACCUGGCAAAAAUAACUACAUGCAUUGGUUGGCGUUCACCUAUUACUAUACCUUUCAAAAAUCCCACCAAUGAAGAUGUUUUCAUCGACAUCUUACUAACCAGUCAGGAAGAGCCCAAGCAUCUUGUCUUUGAUCAAUGCUGGGAUAGCUUCUUCCAUGAAAAUAUUGCCUUCAAACUUACUGCUAUGAGUCAAACACAAGGAAUUGCAUUGCCUCCUAAAGGAAAUGUAGAUAUCUUAGUGUUAUUUGUGCCCCCAAGUCUGAAAUUAUACAAAACAAUAGUCAUUGUUCAGAUGAUGAGAGCAAAUACAAAAAGUUGGCCUAUUGACAAUUUUGAUGAAUUGGAUAUAAACAUGAAAAGAACUAUGGGAGUAGACAGUGGAGAAAUUCAAGCAAUACACUGGAUGUACCCUAUUCUUGGGCUCCCACAGACACCAUUUCCUAAAUCUCCUUCAGCUGUCAUACAAUGUCAGUCCAGGAAGCGGGUGGAAGAGAACGUGGAAGUUACACUGUGUGGUGAUUUUUUUGGAAACCAUCCUACUCCAGAAAUGACAGAAUUUUUAGUGAUUCCAAACAAAAAUUCAUAUAAUUUUUAUGAUGGUUUUUCUGAAUUGCCUAAAAAACGUGAAUUCGAGUAUGAAAUUCAAUUUGAAUCUGAAGUUAUGGAAUCUCACUUGGAACCCUGUGUGGCUUUAUAUAUGAUCGAUAAAACUUGUAGUAUUAAGGAUGAAAGGAUAACAUUGAUCUUCAAGCUGGUAUUUACACCACAGAAACCAUUGAGGACUAACAUUACACUGAAAAUACAGUGCUUAACAGAUGGAAUCUGGACGUUUCCCAUAAUGUUGGUUGCUACUGAGCCUGAUGUGGAUGCUGUCAUCAACAUUGUAGGAGUUGGUUUAUUUAAGGAGUCUAUUGUUGACUUUAGGCUGACAAGUCAGACAAGAAAUUCUGAACCAUUCACCGCACGCUUCCUACCUGGCAGUGAUCCGGAGUUUUCCGUAAGACCUCAGGCUGGAAAACUUCUUCCUUAUAACACAAAAGGAACUCUCAUCAUGGUAGGAUUUAAACCCCGAAUGUAUAGCAGAAAAUACAAAGCAACAUUAGCAAUAGAGACAGCGGAUAUGUACUGGUUGUACGAUAUCAAUGGAAUACCUCAUUCAGGCAUGCCACCGAUGAAUGUAAAAGCCAAAAUUGAUGCUACUAAUAAGAUAUAUGACCACAACAAGCCAGUUCGUCGGCGCAAUUUUAUCCGUGAAAAUGCUAAACUCUUAAGCACAGGGGUGUCUUCUACCAUCAAAGGUGCUCCUUUGAUGAAAAAUAAAUAA